CAAAAAAAUGUCAUAACCAAUAAAACUUGGUAAACUAGUGCGGAUUACAAGAGUACGUCUUUUAGAGGAAAAAAACCGGGUGUUUUCGCUUAAUUACUGUUUUAAACGGAGUAACACGGAUAAAUCCACAUUGAAUCAAAUGAUGCCUAACCACUUAAAAUCAGCCCCCGAAGAAUUAUUUCUAACCCAAGAAUACAAAAUCCUUUAAAAUCAAAUCAAAAUGACUAACUAAGACAGAAAAAAAUUUCUUCCAGGACGCACUGAAUUGAAUCAAAUAAUGCCUAACCACUUAAAAUCAACCCCCGAAGAAUUAUUUCCAACCCAAGAAUACAAAAUCCGUUAAAACUCCAUUAAAAUCGAAUCAAAAUGACAAACGAAGACAGAAAAAAAUUUCAUUGCCGCGAAUGGGCCUUCCAAAAACUCUCUCAUUGCUUGGACCAACGUCCAAUUUCAAAAACGUGCGGGGCUUUGCUUUUAGGAGGUCCCGGUUGUGGAAAAACGACGUUCUGCUCGGAACUUUGUUGGCCAUCUCAAGGCCCAAGCGGGCGACAACAACGCGCAUUGAACCGAAGAUUACUUUGUUAUCAUUUCUUACAAGGUCACAAUGAAAAAAGUUUAUCUUUAAGCGAAUUCGUACGAUCCCUAGUAACGCAAAUACUAAAUCACUCAACAGAAAGCCACAAAGAACGGAGUAUGCGAAGAAAAUUAGCCGAAACCGAAAAAAACGAGGCCGUUAAAAACGAAAAAAUCACCAAUUCGGAUUGUUUAACGUUAGAUUCGGAGAGCGAUUACUCGUUAAAAACUGCAGAUAAUAGCUUGCAAGAAAAUUUUUAUUCAAACGUAAACGUUUUAGAUAAGAAAGAAAAAAAUGUUCCAAAUUUACCCAUAAAUCCAAGAACCUUAAUAGCCGACGCGUACUUGGAUAAAUUAAAAUCGGAUUCUGAAAUACAAAUAGCAUUGAGAGCCAAAAAUAUCGAAAAUAACCCCGAUGACUGUUUAAAGAGGGCGCUUCUUUUUCCUUUAUUAGAAAUUGAUCCCCCAAAAACGAGUUUAUUCAUCUUAAUCGAUUCGAUCGAUGAGCACUCCUUCGUUUAUAGCAAUUCGACGUUAACUCGUUCAAAACCGCGCGAACGAUCAUCCCAAUCAAGAACAAUCGCCGAAUUACUCGCAAAUCACCACCAUUUAUUCCCCCAAUGGUUACUUUUAGUUUGCACAGCUCGAAAACAAUCGAAAAGUAUCGCAAAAAUGUUUACGGGGUUCCGCAAAUUAAGUUUGGACGAUUUACGAAAGAGCCAAGUUGUCAGAGACGUCCAACAGUACAUUUUAGCAAGAUUGGAUCAAGAAAAUAGUUUACGCCAACACAUCAGUCGAGACACCGCGGAGAUGUUGAAUCAAUUACAUAUUAAGAGUAACGGGUGUUUUUUGUAUUUGGAGAAAGUUUUGGAUGGGGUUUCGGAUAAUUUUAUCGUUUUAAGAGAGGUUAGGGAAAUCCCCGGGACUUUAAACGGGCUAUAUUUGUGGUUGAGUCAAAGAUUAUUUAAUCGAAGGCAAUUCGCGAAAGUUCAACCCCUCCUAAACGUGAUUUUAGCAGCGAAAUGCGCGUUAAACGAAACUUUAUUAUACGACAUCGUGAAAAUAUACAACAACAAAAUAACGCUGGAAGACUUUAAAAAGCGAUUUUAUUUGUUACGAAGGAUUUUAAUCGUUUCUCGAAACGGUACGAUCCGUUUGUUUCAUCAUUCGUUUUCCGAGUGGCUCCUCGACAUAAAACAUUGCACCCAAAAAUAUUUAUGCAACAUAUUCCACGGCCAUUGCAUUUUAGCGAUGUAUUACACUUUACACGCAAAAUAUUUAAACAACCAAGAAAUCUACGACUACGCGUUCCAUUUAACCCGAAUGGAACAAUACUUGAACGAAAAACCCGAAAAUAAAACGAAUUUAGUAUACAAAAUGAGCCAGGAAAGGAACGCAAUCACCGAUUCUUUAGAAAAAACCAACACCGAGAUCUAUUCGGACUUAAAAGCGCUUCGAGAACUCGUUAAAAAUGAAACCGAGAAUUUAGAUAACAUCGAAAAUCUCGAUUUGGAUGAUAACCAAGAAAAAUUGGAUUCGAGCUUCAUCGAAAACACGCAACAAAGCACCGAAAAUAACGAAUCGUUCCCCAUUUACGCCGAAAUUAAGAAAGAAAAGACUCAAAAACAUCACCACCAUCACCGAAAAGAUAAAAAAUCGAUCGAAUCCAUCGAAAUUAAACCCGAUAAUACUCAAAAUCCUAAUUUAACCCAACCGAAUCAAAAUUUAAUCGACGUCCAUACCUUAACAGUUCUUUGGAUGAUUUUAAGUGGUUGUAACGUCGAAGAAUGCCUUUUGGAGGGUAACGAAAUGGCGGGGGUUAAUUUCGGGGCCUUUUUACCAACGGAUCCUAAAGUAAUGAGGUUAUUACUCGAAGCGGGAGCUGUUGAGCAAGGCGAUUCCGAAGGAUGCGAUUAUGAGAGCCAAAUUUCUUUGGCGACCACUUCUUCGGAACCAUCCCCCGAACCGAUUUUUGAUCUCCAAGAUAUUCACGGGCAAGCGGCGUUGCAUGUUGCGGCGAGAUUGGGGCAAGCCCACGUUGUUAAAGUGUUGUUGGAAGCGGGGGCGAAUGCGGAUCAAGCUGAUGUGGAUGGGUGGACACCGUUGAGAGCCGCAGCUUGGGGGGGACACACAGAGGUUGUGGAACUUUUAGUUAAACACGGAUGCACAUUAGAUAGCAUGGACGCGGAGAAUCGGACCGCUUUGAGAGCGGCCGCUUGGUCGGGGCACGAAGAAAUCGUGAGGAUUUUACUACAAAACGGAGCCAAAGUUAACUUAACGGACCACGAAGGUCGCACCGCUUUAAUAGCUGCGGCUUACAUGGGGCACUCGGAAAUCGUCGAGCAUUUAUUAGAUUUCGGGGCGAAUAUUAAUCACGCGGACGCCGAUGGUCGCACCGCUUUAUCGGUGGCCGCUUUGUGCGCUCCAAGAUCUCCCGGAACUAGUGUUGUGUCUACUUUGUUGGAACGAAACGCUAGUGUAGAUCAUAAAGAUAACGAAGGGAUGACUCCGUUGUUAGUUGCAUCUUUCGAAGGACACAAAGAUGUUUGUGAAUUACUUCUUGAAAAUGAAGCAGACGUCGAUCAUUGCGAUAAUAGUGGUCGUAGUCCACUUUGGGCAGCCGCUAGUAUGGGUCACGCCCCGGUAGUCGCUUUAUUACUUUUUUGGGGGUGUUGCAUAGACUCGAUGGAUUCGGAGGGACGAACCGUUCUUUCUGUGGCAGCGGCGCAAGGUUGCGUCGAAGUGGUGAGGCAAUUACUCGAUCGGGGGCUUGACGAGCAACAUCGCGACAAUUCCGGGUGGACCCCUUUGCAUUACGCCGCUUUUGAAGGGCAUCAAGAUGUAUGUGAAGCCCUAUUAGAAGCGGGUGCUCGCAUUGAGGAGACCGAUAAUGAAGGAAAAGCCCCUUUGGUGUUGGCGGCUCAAGGUGGGCACACAGCCUUAGUAAACGCGUUUCUUGAGAAACACAAAGCCCCGUGCGAUCAAAGACCUCACGAUGGUAAAACGGCACUCCGCCUGGCAGCUUUAGAGGGGCAUUACGAUGUUGUGCAACUUUUAAUGUCAAACGGGGCUGAUAUUGAUUCGAAAGAUGCGGAUGGUCGAAGUACGCUUUAUGUUUUAUCGUUGGAUAAUCGUUUAGCGAUGGCGAAAUAUUUUAUUCAACAAGGAGGAGAUGUUGAAACUCGAGAUUUAGAGGGGCGAACCCCGUUGCAUGUCGCUUCAUGGCAAGGCCACACUGAGAUGGUUUCUUUAUUAUUAACCGUUGGUAGGGCGGAUGUGGACGCUUGCGAUUUAGAAAAUCGCACAGCUUUGCAUUCGGCCUCGUGGCAAGGUCAUAGUGAUAUCGUAAAACUUUUACUCGAAAACGGCGCCAUCCCAGAUCACACUUGCAAUCAAGGCGCGACCGCUUUGGGGAUAGCCGCCCAAGAAGGACACGAACUUUGCGUAGUCGCCUUAUUAGAACACGGCGCGGAUCCGAAUCAUUCCGACGCGUGCGGAAGAAACGCCUUGAGAGUUGCCGCCAAAUCGGGGCAUCGCGGGGUUGUGCGAUUAUUAGAAGAAUACAACGUAAGAUCCCACAAAACGACCGCUCACACGAGUAGUAGUGCGAAUUCGAUCACAACUUCCGGUUCAGCCGAAAGUAAACCGAUGAAUUUAUACCCAGGAGUUGAAUGGGGGGAGCAACAAAGGAGAUCGAUGGUUUCGUUGGGAAAUCAUAGCUCGAAUUCGAAAAGUAGCUCGAAUUUAACAGGUUCGAGUCAAAGUAGUCGACAUGGUGAGAGGCAAAAAGUUGAAAAUGCGCAACCAGUACAACCUUUAUCAUUUACGCAACAAUUACAACAAUGUUCAAGAGGGGCUAAAACGAGACCUUUAAGCAAACUACUCUCACCACUCCAAAGCGAACCUCAAAGCCCAAUUUACGCAUCACCUCCACUUAGCCCUGUACAUGAUACUCCAAAUAUGUUUUCUGCAAUGAACAUUUAUCAACCGGUUUUGCGCCACAAUAAUUUCGCUAAAGCGCCGGAUACGCACUUUGCGCGCGACACUCACAUGAGAAUUAUCCUGGGUAAUAGUUCCGCAGGGGUUGGAAAUAAGAAUGAUAAAAAAAGUGGGAGUUCCGCCGAUAGUUCCGGAGGGAAUAAUAAGCAAAAAAGGAAUGGGAUUGUAACGAAUCCCGCGCUUCGCUUGGUGGCGAAUGUUAAGAAUGGACUGGAUAACGCGGCGGCGAAUUUGAGGAAGUCCGCGUCUGGCGCCAAUCCUAGCACGAAAACGAACAGUUUUCACUGGAGGAAGGAAACGCCGCUUUAAAAUAGAAUAAGAAGCAAAAAAUUACGAUUUUGGAAAAAUAUAAGAUGUAUAUUUCGAUUAAAAACUAGUCAAUAAUAAGGUUAAUUUCGUAUAAAAUAUAUUGAAGACACACACACACAAACCCGAUGAGUUUACCUUCACGCUAGUCGUCGAUUUUAUCGUUAUCGUUUAGUUCUUUUUAAUUUUUAAAUUUUUUUAACCCCAAUUAUUAUUAUUUUUUUUUUUAAAUUAAUGAUUAUAAACACGGCCUACGAGUUGCAACGAUUCCUAUGGGAAGAGGAAAAAAUGGCAAGAGGAAAAAUAAUAAUAAAACAAAUUCGUAACCCAUUAAUAAUAAUAAUAAUAAUAAAAAGA